CCCAGUUUUGGCAAGUGGGUCUGAAUUCAUGCUGUAGGUGGGCGGUGAGAAGUCGGAGCAUUAAAUUGAACCAUGGGUUGAACUGUUGUCACAAUAGCAACAACAGUCCCAAAGUGGCGGGUGGGUUAUUUGUCGCUGAACUCGCUUUCAGCUGUGGGUUUUUCUCGCUGGUCUUGCAUUCUCGGUUUGACCACUCGGCGCCAUGCCGCCCUCAGGGUUUUGUUAUUUAUCGCUCCGGCAGGAUUCCAUUCGACUUUGGGAAAUAAUGCUAGCUGGGUUACCUGGCUGUGUUCAGUGUUGCUGAUGACCGCAUCCUGUGUGUGUUAUUGCUGCUUUUCGUUUUUUUCACUCGAAAGUAAAGUGUUGGCUGUGUGGAGAUGGAACUGUGGAGCGAAGUAACCAAGUUUUGUUUAGAGCACGAGGGUUCAUCCUCACGAGCGCCGACCUUACCCUCUAUUUGGAUAAUGAGCUGUGCCAACCCGGUUGCAUUCCUUUGAACUCGCACUCGCGGUCGUCGCCGAGCAACUCCAGGUUGUCGAGCAGUAAGAUAUUUCACUUCAAUCGCACUUUACCAUUUUUGGAGUUGUUUAGUGAUUGCCUGUUCAGAGAUGAGUCACCGUGAGGAUGCCCGCUCCUCUUUCCGCAGAUCCACUGCAGCCGAAUCCAUGGCGUUGGUUUCAAUCGAUUUGACCUGUCCCCUCGUUUAUUAGACCUUACGAAGUGGCGUAUAAAUGUGAUAGACUUUAGUUCCAGAUUCUUGCUUACAAAACAGAAAGAAUUCUCCUGUAGUUUGAUCUUGUGAGACCCCAGACAUACAGAGGUCAAGUCAUCUUCAUCUGAGAGGAGAGAAGUUUCUCGUGUUAUUAAGUGGGGACAAGCGUAUUUUUCCUUACUGAGCAGCUGAAUAAAGUAAAUGUACCUGCCAUGGCUAACUCUCAAUCCACUGUCUCAGUUGUGACGAAAUGUUCCAUGUCAGGAGAGUAGAAUUCACCUUCGAGGCUGCUUUGUCGCUUUCCAGAAUCUUCAUUUCCCUUUCAUCACAAGACAAGAAUUGGAACAAGCACCGACGAUGAAGCCUGUCUUUUUGCUUUUUUUUUUUGUGAAUCUAGAAACCUUGCCACAACUAUUCUGUUUCUUAAUUUGGGAGUGGCUGAAGCUCCAAAAGUACAAUGAUAUUUCCGAUGCUCCUAAAUUUGACAGUUCCUGCGGAGCAUGCAUGGUGAUAUUUGCUAAGAGCUGGCGUUGAUUGCAAGUGAAGAUUGCCGCAAUUAACCAUCAAUGGCCCAUCGAACUCGGUCCAGUACGCUUCUCAUGAAUACCCAAAUGCAUGAAGUGAUGCUAGAGCGGUAGGCCACCGUGACAAUGAGAGGGUCAUGGCUGCCGGAGGAGUCUUUCCAAAGCUGGGGGAACUACAGACGGGCACUUGCCGCCACACCCAGCAGAUUGAAGGAUCGGGUAUUUGCACGCACAGAGGUGAACGAAGAGGUGAUCUCCAUGAAGGCCCGCAGCAAUGUGGACAUGAAGAAAAACUUGAACUGGUGGGAUCUCAUGUGGUUCGGGAUUGGAGCUGUUGUCGGCGCAGGCAUCUUCGUUAUCACCGGAGUGGAGGCCAAAAACUAUGCUGGCCCAGCUAUUGUCAUCUCCUACGCCAUAGCUGGAUUCUCUGCCAUGUUGAGCGUUUUUUGUUACACCGAAUUCGCUGUUGAGAUCCCUGUCGCUGGGGGGUCUUUUGCAUACCUGCGGGUGGAGCUUGGCGACUUUGUGGCUUUCAUCGGCGCAGGUAACAUUGUCCUCGAAUAUGUCAUAGGUGGUGCUGCCGUCGCUAGGGGGUGGACCUCCUAUUUCGCUUCCCUCAUCUUUAGUGGCAUCGACGUUGGCGACAGACUUCGAAUUCACACUGACCUUGCCGAGGGAUACAACAAGCUCGAUCCCAUUGCUGUUGGCGUGCUCAUACUUGUCGGAUUGCUUGCGACAUGGAGCACAAAAGGAACAUCAUUUGUAAAUUGGAUCGCGUCCAUAUUAAACAUGUUCAUUAUCGCCUUCGUAAUUGUUGCUGGUCUGGCGCAUUCGCAUUCCCACAAUCUCACCGACGACUUCUUCCAUUACGGAGCGCGGGGCAUAUUCAGUGCAGCGUCAGUCUUGUUUUUCGCGUACCUUGGCUUCGAUGCAGUUUCAACGAUGGCGGAGGAGGUGAAGAAUCCAGGGCGAGACAUCCCGAUUGGCUUGCUCGGGUCCAUGGUCAUCUGCACCUUCAUCUACAUCAUGAUGGCUUUGACAUUGUCCCUCAUGGUACCCUUCACGGAUAUCGACGAAGGGGCUCCCUUCUCGGUGGCGUUUUCGAGUGUGGGUUGGAAUUGGGCCAAGUACGUUGUGGCGCUGGGCGCGUUGAAAGGGAUCACUACUGUCUUGUUGGUCUCCGCAGUUGGACAAGCUCGGUACCUCACGCACAUUGCCCGCUCACAUAUGAUCCCGCCGUGGUUUGCCCGCGUGAACAAGCGCACACAAACUCCAAUUAAUGCCACCGUCACCAUGAUCCUUGCGAGCUCAAUCGUUGGCUUCUUCACAGACCUCCCGAUCCUUGGCAACCUCCUCUCCAUGUCCUCCUUGUUCAUCUUCUUCCUAGUGGCAGUGGCGCUCCUUGUGCGCCGCUACUACGUCCCCGGGGAAACGUCUCCCAAGCAUGGCGGUCUCUUCAUCACCUACAUGCUGAUCAUCAUCGCUGCCUCCAUCGUAAUCGCAGCUUUCUGGGGAAUGAACAAAAGCGGCUAUAUCGUGUACGCUGUGUGUGGACCCAUCUGGUUCCUGGCCACGCUCGCGCUUCACACAACCCUAAAACCUCUCCGGCAGCCGAAGACAUGGGGGGUCCCGUUGGUGCCAUGGAUUCCGUCUCUCUCCAUCGCCUUUAACGUCUUCCUCCUCGGCUCUCUGGACCGGGCAAGCUUCGUCCGGUUCGGAUACUGGACGGGGCUCAUGCUCGUGUACUACUUCUUCUUCGGCCUGCACGCGAGCUACGACACUGCGAUGUAUCACUCCCCGGAUCUGGACCCGAAAACGCUCCGCGACGAGGAAGCGCUAAGCUCGAAGUCAAAUGAGCCAGUAACGGGCCCUACUGCUGCUGCUGCUCCGACCAAAACCUCCAUCACCUGAAGGAUGGAACUUCCCACAUGAAGGUUCUAAUGUGCUCCUUAAUCUGCAAAGCGGAGGUAUCCUGUCACCGCAAGCGCAUCUGCGCUCCUCGUGGCUCGCAAUUCAAUCAAGCCUUCACGGAAGCGCGUCCGAUGAUGAAAAUAGCAGCCGCUGGCUGCAGUUUAUUCGAGGAAAUGCUUCUAUGCUCGUAAUUUUAUCACGAAAAUGCGAUGAGCAUAACAGUUGGUUGACGUUUCGGCGAACCCAAUUCCCGUCGACGAGCUAAUCGUCGCGACACUGCGCUCACGGCGCGAGGUGGUUCUUACGGAACCAGAUGGGUGUCGGAAAACGCGACCACAUCCUUUUUGUUGCAAAACUUUACGAGUCAAAUAGUAACAUACAACCAUUUGUCUUGUAAAUUAGCUUAGUUUAGUUACAUCAUCACACUUCUAUAAACAUCAUAAUACAAAUCAUUACACGUUAAUCAAUACAAUAUAUUAUGUAAUUAAUAUUUGCUGUCUUUGCUUUGGAA